AUGGAGUUGAUGGAACUUGUCGAGAACGAGCCAACGGCUCGCCCUUUUCAGUGUGACUGGCAGUCGUGCAACAAGAGCUUCAACCGCAAGUCGGACCUUCAGAGGCACUACCGCAUACAUACCAACGAGAGGCCAUACUCGUGCUUAACACCCGGAUGUGGCAAGAGCUUCAUCCAACGAAGUGCCCUGACGGUCCACAUCCGAACUCACACGGGCGAGAAACCUCACCAAUGUCAACACAUCGGGUGCGGCAAGAAGUUCUCAGAUUCUUCGAGUCUGGCUAGGCAUCGACGCAUCCACACUGGCAAGCGGCCAUACCGGUGUGCUCACGAGGGCUGUCUCAAGAGCUUCUGCCGCAAGACGACCAUGGUCAAGCAUCAACGACGCUCACACCAGCGAGGACUCCAUUCGUCAGAGAUCGAUGACUUCACAUCCGAGUCGGACGGCGGCGAGUCUCCUUGUACGCCCACGCAGUCGGGUAUGCCCUGGACAUCCAAUCUGGGCGGCGGCCACCCAGGUCUGCAAGGUCAUGCCAUCCACCGAGCCUCCUCUUUCGCCGACUUUGGCCAGCACAUGAACGGGUACACCGACGCUGCACAGUUCGGCGGCCACCGCCACAGCGCAUCGACGGGCGCCACCCACGAAUACCACGGCCAACCCAUCCAGGAGCAGCACCCAGGUGUCCACAUGCUUCACCGGACGGCCAGCAUGCCUCAGCACUCGUUCUACGUGACGGAACAGAACAAUCCCGGCGUGGCGACGUUGAACACCAACCCAAUGCAGCCGUACCAGGUACCACGACAGCAUGUGGAGCGGCCCAUGCUCGAGAUCCCGUACACCUCGGCGGGCAUUGCCGCGUCCAUGGAGAGCAGCCCGAGCAUCUUCUCCCCCGUAACGUCCUGUCGAAGUACACCGGCGCAAGACUUCUACACGCACCAGCCCACGCAGGCCCCAGCGUACGCGCUCGACACCUCAUCACCGGUGAUAGAAGAACCACAACAGCUCGUCCAGUACAGCCAGCACAUGCCGCAGCAGAUGCAACCCCCAGCACAGCAGGUGCAAGAGCAGUACCAGCAACCCGCGGCGCACCAGGAGGAGCAGUGGUACAGCGCGAUGCCCUACCAGGCGCCCGUCGAGGUCGCCACCAUCGGCCAGCUUCCCUCGUACGGGUCCGGCGCCUAUGACCUCUGGGGCAUCAAGCAAGACUUCGACGACCCGUCCAUGCAGAUGCCCAGCGCCCGCAUCGACAGCAUGUGA